AUGUCUCACUUCCGUUCAGGGCCCGUAGCCCCAGGAAUUGCUUUCAUUACAGGAGGUGCACGUGGGCUGGGCAACGCGAUUGCAUGUUCAUUCGCAAAGGAGGGAGCAAAAGGCGUUGCAUUGAUCGAUAUCCAAGACGAGAAGACGUUCAGUGAAGGCAAGGAGAAGGUGGAGCGGUAUGGUGCAAAGUGUAUUACGAUCCACUGCGAUGUGACGAAGGAAGAUCAAGUCGAGCGAGCUGUCAAAGAGACCGUCGACACCUUCGGAAGGAUUGACUAUGCAGCCAACUUCGCUGGUAUCAUCGGCCCUCUGCAGCCAACAUGGGAGGUAGACAUGGACCAAUGGCGGAAGGUAAUAGAGAUUAACUCCAUAGGCGUUAUGAUCUGCAACAAGCACGAGCUCAAACAGAUGAUCAAGCAAGACUCGGUAGCAGUUGAAGAGGGCCGACCACCCCAGCAAGGCUCCAUCGUCAACUGCGCUUCCGUCAACUCAAUCAUGUGCGGCGCUGGAACUACUGGCUACUCAGCAGCAAAACACAGCGUCAUGGGUAUUACCAAAGCGGCCGCCCUCGAAGCUCGCAACUUCAACAUCCGAGUCAAUGCUGUUUCACCCGGCUUCCUUCAGACCAAACUAUUCGAAACUGUGACGAAUAGCGACAUCAACACGGACAUAGUUGGGAGCGAGUCCUGGAACGAGUACGAGAAGCGGCAGGGACGGAAGGCCGACCCCGAUGAAAUUGGAGAUGUGGUUGUUCUGCUGAGUACACCGCGGAUGUCGUUGGUGAAUGGCCACAAUCUCGUUGUCGACAACGGCUUCACGAUCAAUGAGACUACUACAUAG